CUAGGGGCCCGGUGUUUUCUAGUAAUGGGAUACCUAUGUAGAUGCAUGUGGGUGCGGUAUUUGAAAACGAUAUGCGACUGCUCAACAUACAAAUGGUCAUUUCUAGAUGCCUUCACCGUAUCGAAUAACUCACCGAGAUUUUAUAUCUUGACGUUUCUUGCAAGAGGCUCCGCCGAUUGAUGGCGGUCUGCCGCAAUGCCGGUGGCGCACAACAUGAGGCGACAGAUCAGUUCCGUCACCAUCACUGACCCUCUUGUGAAAUACCAAUCGUUACUUGCGGCUGGAUCCUGCUGUCCAGACCAAGCGCAGCAUCGACUGGCAGUCCACCUGCAGAAAGUCUACUAUCGCUUGAAAGACUACAGCCCUUCAUCCGAGUACCGCACGAGGCUGAGGACCAUUACGGAUGCUUUAAAGGAGUCGAAGGGAGACGACAAGUCUAAACUACUAGCAGCUGAGAGUCACCCAAUACGGCGAAAUCCGCUCCUGGCGCGCUUCUUCGCCCGGACGUCAGGCCGAGAUACCCUCGCCUUGACGAGAGUCCUCACAAGUCACGAGGAGGCUAUUCACAUCGAUUCGCCCCAGGGGCUCUUUCUAUCUGGUGAGGUAGGCACAGGGAAAUCCAUGUUGCUCGAUCUCCUAGCCGAGGGUUUGCCGACGAGUCGUAAGCGACGAUGGCAUUUUAAUACAUUUAUGCUAUACACGCUAUCGCAACUAGAACACCACCGGAAGAUGCAUUCUAAACUAGGGCACGAAGACCAGCAAUACUCAUUACUGUGGAUGGCCAAAGAGAUGAUCGAGAAGUCUCCCAUCUUAUUUUUGGAUGAGUUUCAAUUGCCCGAUAAAGCAGCGAGUAAGAUCCUCAGUAACCUUUUUACUGCCUUUUUCCAAUUAGGUGGAGUUCUCAUUGCUUCGUCUAACCGGAUGCCCGAAGAGCUUGAGAAGGCAGCCGGUUAUGAAUACACCCCGCCUACGGCAAGUGGUCUGAUCGGUCGAGCUUUAGGCUUAGGGAAAGCUUGUGGGAAGGGUGACUUAUUCGGCUCUUCAAGUGACUUUGCAUCAUUUCUAGAGGUCUUGAAAGCGCGAUGUGAACUGUGGCAGAUGGAAGGCGCCAAAGAUUGGAGGCGAAGAGAUUCUAAUAUUUCCCCUAGCGAUGUUGAUAAGAAUCUAACACAAAGCUCGUUAUCUUUGGCUCAAACAGUGACGCAGUUGGAUCCUCAGCUCUCAGAAAAAGCUGAAGAGCCAUCUAUUGCUGGGACGAGACCUAAGGAAUAUUAUCUCCUAAGCCCAGACCAAGACUCGUCUUGGAACGAGGCCGUGAACAGGUGCCGCCUCACAUCUGCUGCCGAUGACACGAGUUGGGAAGCUACAACUAUAACAGUAUACGGACGAACAGUCACUAUACCACGAGAAUGCAAUGGGGUCGUACACUGGGACUUCGAAGAUCUUGUCUCCUCAUUUGGGCCAGCAGAUUACAUCACAAUGGCCAGCACAUACCAUACAUUCAUAAUCGACAACAUACCAGCUCUAGUGCUUUUGAAGAAAAACGAGGCUAGGAGGCUCAUUACACUACUAGACGCCCUCUACGAAGCCCGAUGCAAAUUGAUUGUCAGGGCCGCCGUUGGCCCUGACGAACUUUUCUUCCCAGACGCUGAACAUACUACGAUGUCCACAUCUCGGGCUAUAACCUCGUUGACUCCUGAACUACAGCGUGAACAAGUUGACGCUGACGCAAUACACUCCGAGACCAUUGCUGAGGCUUAUCAAGACCAGAUGUCACCUUUCAGGCCCAACAUCUCCUCAUACACGGACUCGAACAACACAGAUUACGACCCGGAUCAAGACUCUGACUUCGGCGUCGACCCCAAGAAGUCCAAGAUUGACUUCAGCAACACCGGUGCUUUUACAGGUGAGGAUGAGCGUUUCGCUUACAAGCGUGCGGCAAGCCGACUGUGGGAGUUGUGCGGUGAGAGGUGGCAUUCACGCAAAGGUGCCUGGUGGCAGCCGUUGCCUAUCGAAGCGCGACAUUGGGAGGGAGGGCAAGCCGCAAAACCUCGGCCGUGGCCGCUAAAUGGGAGCGCAAGUGGCGAUGUUAGGAUGGGGCCAUCCAUUGAGCUGGAUGAGCCAGCUGGUCUCCAGAGGCUUAGGGUCGAGUAUCUGAAGAAAACGGAGGCCCAUGACAACUAGUCAAGAGAGCCGACCCCUAUAUAUCAAGUCGCCUUUUGGGUAUAUAUCGUUGAAUAGCAUAUAUAAACAAUUAGACAAGCGAGCACAGAGUUAGUGCGAUGCAACUCAUCAUCUAUUUCCAUCUGACGCCAAAACUCCAUGCUCA